AUGGUCACAGGUGAGUCAUGUGACCAGUGGAUCAUCAUGUUCAGCUCUGAGCAGCUCUUAUCUUCUCUGAACCCUGGCGUUCUGCACUCCUCAGCGAGUCAGUUCUUCCCUGCCUUUCCCAGCAGGCUGGGCCAUCCUCAGCUCCUGAUCCCUGCUCCACUACUCAGCUAUGAGUUGCUGCGCACCUACCUACAGCCUGAGCCUUGUAAACAAGCUCUUCUGCUGGCAUCACAGGCAUCUUCCAUGGUCCGACUUUCCAGUGACACCGAUGAGCCACGGCCCGCCAAGCAGCGGCGCGCUCGUGCCAACUACAGCAGCUGGCAGCUGGAAGAGCUGGAGAAGGCCUUCAAGAGCACGCACUACCCUGAUGUGUUCAUGCGCGAGGCCCUGGCACUCCGACUGGACUUAAUCGAGGCUAGAGUUCAGGUAUGGUUCCAGAACCGCAGGGCGAAGAUGCGCAGACAGAUGAAACUUCAAGGACAGAGUGGAGACCUGUGUGCUGGGAAAGACAGCGAGGCUAGGAAACCAACACCUUCCAGGAGGAUUACGGAGUCAGACAUCAUCCAGGUGGCAUGCUGGGAUGGCAAACAGGACAAGAGCGCUGGACACAGACAGCAGCAUGGGGCCAGACAGCAGGCAGGAUCACGAGAGACCAGUCCAGAGGAGCUCCGCUUCUGCAGCAUUGCCAAACUGAGGGCCAAGGCCAGGGAUUAUGAAGCUGAGAUCCACAGCACUGCAGCCAAGGGCGAUAGGAAGUGGUGCUUAAAAGCACACAUGUCCGAAAGUGACUGA